UCGCUUGCGACGUGGCAAAAUAUAAACUGUUGGAGUAAGUGAUGUCUUAUUCACACACGAAAAAAAUACAAACUUUAUCAUUAGAAAAGCAUACACACACCUAGAAGAAAUUACAAAAAUGGCUCUUCACUGCAAUUCUCUUGCUUUUAAUCCUUAUAGAACCAGACCCUUGUCUGGAUUUAAUCUGUUCUCACCUUCUAACAAUCUUUCGUUAGACUGUAAAACCCCAAUCUGCAUUACCUCCAGCUCAUUGAAGCUACCAAAGAAAAGGCUGCAUAAGGCUGUUUCUGCAGUAGUCUCUGAUGAAACUGCAGUCGGAUCGAGUUCUAUUGGCGCUGAUGAUGUGUUCAAACUCACUUACUUAGAGGGAAACAGUUGGCUAUGGGAGGUUAAUGGAGUCAAUAUUUUGGUUGAUCCAAUAUUGGUGGGUAAUUUGGAUUUUGGUAUUCCUUUCCUAUAUGAUGCUGCUAAGAAGUAUUUAAAGACUUUUCAGCUUAGUGAUCUUCCUGAUGUGGACUUAUUGCUGAUAACUCAAAGUCUUGAUGAUCAUUGCCACUUGAAAACCUUGAAGCCGCUUUCUGAAAAAUUGCCAAACCUUAGAGUCAUUGCAACCCCUAAUGCUAAGCCUUUGUUGGAUCCACUUUUCAGCAAUGUCACGUAUUUAGAACCUGGUGAGAGCUCUGAACUUCAAGGCAAAAAUGGUUCUAAAGUCAGAGUUAAAGCUACUGCUGGGCCAAUCCUGGGACCACCAUGGCAGCGCCCUGAGAAUGGGUACCUUGUCUAUUCUCCAGAAGGCCAGAUGACUCUCUACUAUGAACCCCACUGUGUAUACAACAAGAAUUUUCUUGAGAAGGAACAUGCGGAUAUUGUUAUUACACCAGUAAUAAAGCAGCUUCUACCUAAAUUCACUUUGGUUUCUGGACAAGAAGAUGCCGUCAAAUUAGCUAAGUUGCUGAACGCCAAGUUCAUUGUAGCAAUGAAAAAUGGAGACCUGGACAGCAAAGGCUUUCUUGCUAGAAUCAUCGAGUCGGAGGGAACAUUAGAAUCAUUCAAGGAACUUUUGGCGAAGGAACUACCGGAUGCUCGGGUAUUAGAGCCUACACCUGGUGUUCCACUUGAAAUUACAGCUGCUUGAGAUUUCCAUGGGGAAUUAACUGCUGAUUCUGAAUAGCAGGCAGUUUAUGUAAGUUCAUCAGAUUAUACAUAGACCAUGUUAAUAUCGUAUAAAUAUGGAGCCUUAGAAUGGCUAUCUAGUAUCUAGGUUGAGCUUAACACACUUGCCUCUUAGGAGUUAUAGAAUUUUUAAACAGUAAUUAAGUAAAUCUGAAGCUUGUUAUGGCAUUGGUCUGAAAUAUAAAUGUACGUCAUUCUUGGCAAGUUUGCCUAGAUUAAAAAACAAAAAUUGCAUUAUUUAAUUGGUGCAAUUGUAUUGCAAUUAUUAUGGGAUUGCUAAUUUGCUAUCCUAGGGUUUUCUUGAA